UGGCCUUAGCCAGCUACUUCCGCUUUCUUGUCACUCCCCCUCCGCAGUUUCGUGGGGCUGACCCUGUAUUCACGCUUGAAACCAACAACACAACCGCCUCCCCAGGGACACUUGUUUUGUCAAUCCAGUUUGUUUGCUAGACAAGUUAGCGCGCUAGACUCAUCGUAGCUGUUGCCUGGAGGACCGCUGGCCAGUCCACAGCCACUGGCCAUGGAGCAAGGAAGCGGGUUUUCAUUGAUGAAGUAUGGGACGGCAGCGUCCCUCGCAAUGGUUCUGCUGGCGUACUGGUUCCGAUCUCCAGGGGAGUCAGGACUAGAUAACAGGCUUGACACGGUGCUGUCCUCCCUACUACGGGCUGAAAGCAAAGUGGGGAUGAACAACGCCAGACCCAGGGUGGCGAUAGGUUUAGGGGGUUGUGUUGACGUCAUCGUGGAUGGGGUGACGUUGCUGAAUAAGAUUGGCCUGCCGCCCACAGGCCAGCCGCUCCACCAUGACUACAUAGAGAACGCUGAUCAGCUGGCACAGAGCUUCGCUUACUUCUUUGCCCCGGGAGCCGCCUCAGAGCGGUUUGUGAUAAAUGACACCUUGUUCAGUCAGCUGGUCGAGGCAUCCCGUGAGUUGCCCGACAACCGCUGGGCCAUAGGUGGCAACGCCCCGGUGAUGGCUGGUCGCAUGGCAACCGAGGGCUGCGACGUGUUGCUAGGGGGGAGCUUCAGCCCCGACUUCGCUGACAUACUGUCCCAGCACAUCACAGUUGCAGGUAAUGUGGUGGAGGAGCCUGAUAUCCAUCUGAUCCUGGAGUACCCAUCAGGAGCCACCUGGGGCCAGUACACCGCCCGCAGAGCCAACAGAUACAUAGUUCACAGUGAUGACCAUAACCCGUAUCUGGCGUCGCUUCAGGACUUUGAGGUGAAGCUACAGGACUUCCACCCUGACCUGCUGGUGGUGGGUGGGCUCCAGAUGAUGGACAGCUUCCCCUUCCAACAGGGUGAGCGGGAAGCACUGCUCUCUCGGCUGGGCAGUCUCCUCUCCUCCUCUUCCCCUCGUACGGGUGUCCAUUUUGAGAUGGCCAGCUUCGUGGAUGAGGGUCUAAUGGGGGACCUGCUGCGUCUGGUCCUGCCCCACGCCGACUCUCUGGGGAUGAACGAGCAGGAGCUGCCCAACUUGCUCAGCCUUCUGAGGGGCUCCAACAUCACCGUGCUCUCUGACCCUAACCCUCGCGUUGCUACCGUCCUCGACCAGAUGAGGGCGCUAUACCGCCUGGUCAACCAGCGCUACCGCGACGCUAAUGAGGAUAGCGACAUGGGCGCUUACGCCACUAGUGCCAAAGGCCGGCCGCUGACCCGGCUCCACGUACACACCCUGGCGUUCCAGGCCAUGAUCGUGACGCGCGGUUCCCAGUGGAAGAACACCAUGUCUGCCGUGGCCAAGGCCUCCCUCACCGCCAACCGCCACGUGUGUGGCUCGCCAGACAUCGACCCCAGCAAGGCGCGCCUCAUCAUGGACGAGUCGUUCUCGGUGAGUAGUAAGGAGGGCAGCCAGCGGAUCCCUCUAGAGGAGACCAGGCCCGUCAGCUGCUGGAACGAGGAGGACUACGAGAUCUGUGUGGCGCCCGUCCUGGUGUGCACCGAGGUUUACCAGACAGCCGGGGGAGGGGACAACAUCUCCGCCGCAGGACUGGUGCUGCAGAUCUGAGCCAUUGAUAGCGGCGAACGGCUAACUCUGACGAAGCGUUAGCUUAACAGGGGCGGCCAACUCUGCACCUGGGGGGGAGGUGGUGGGUGUGCACUCUUUUGCUCCAGCCCUAUUCUAACACACUGAAUUCAACUAGACAAGAUCCUCAUGAGUAUCUGAUAGGUAGGUCCAGUGCAAAAGCCAGCACACCUAGUAGCUCUCUGCUAGGAUUCAACGCUAGGCUAACGCGCCAAAGGGUAACACAGAGCUGUGAUAGCUGGCUAGCUCUCUGGAGCUCCACAGACUCCUUGAAUAAAUUCCACGUCUGUUUUCAGUCAGUCAACCAAACGGACAGAAAGACAGACAACCCUUCCCAUAACAUGUGAAGACUUUUAGCAUUCUGGUUUUAGGUGUGUUGAUUUUUGGUUUUGAUUGUUUCAUGUUUAUGUUGUGUUGCCGGUGCAAUGCUAACGCAGGGUCCAGUGUGUCUGUGGCAGGGCCGAGCCUGCUCCCCUUCUCUCUCUCCUUUUAUCUCCUCUCCCCGCUCUCCUCCUGAGCUCAUUUCUCUCCUGUCCUCUCUGAGCAGUAUGACCCGGCUGAGACUCACACUCCAGACUUCUAUACUUCCUGUCAGACAGACCGUGUCAAGACAGGCAUCUCGUUCUCUCAUUCUGUCAGAAGAUGGAACACAUCUAAUAAUACUACUCAUAAACCCCCCUGGGAUAUAUAGUAUUUCCUCAACCAGAAACAAAAAUGAAAAAAAGUUUAUUGAACACAUUCAAAUAGGUCCCUCCCUGUUCUGUUUAGUUCCUCGUUAAUACACCCCUGCUGUAGGGUUUUCCUCAACCAUGUGUGUGUCGGUCGGUCGUGCAACGGUCCAGACACACAUCACAUAUCCACUAUUUUCCCUGUAGUCUCUUACAUAGAUCCAUAUCUGCCUUGGAGCUGUUGUCAUAGUUAUUCAUUCCAUUCUCUCCCAGGAUAUCAACACAAAACCCCAACAUUCCAUCAGUUCCACUAUUUCAGACGUUCUAUCCCUGUGUUCUAAUGUUUUGAUUCUUUUUUUU